CUAACGCGGUUAUAAAAACUGCGCCCCGCGCGGGGUCCGGUCCUCUGCCACUCUCGCUCCGGGGUCCCCGCGCCAGAGACGCAGCAGCGCUCCCUCUGCCCACACCCACCGCGCCCUCGCGCUCGCCUCUCCUCCCGGAGCCAGUCCGUGCUACCGCAGUCGCCCAGUCCACCGCCACCCUCUGCAGCCAUGUCCACCAGGUCCGUGUCCUCGUCCUCCUACCGCAGGAUGUUCGGCGGCCCCGGCACCGCGAGCCGGCCGAGCUCCACCCGGAGCUACGUGACCACGUCCACCCGCACCUACAGCCUGGGCAGCGCGCUGCGCCCCUCCACCAGCCGCACCCUCUACACCUCGUCCCCCGGUGGCGUGUACGCCACGCGCUCCUCGGCCGUGCGCCUGCGGAGCGGCGUGCCCGGCGUGCGGCUGCUGCAGGACUCGGUGGACUUCUCGUUGGCCGACGCCAUCAACACCGAGUUCAAGAACACCCGCACCAACGAGAAGGUGGAGCUGCAGGAGCUCAAUGACCGCUUCGCCAACUACAUCGACAAGGUGCGCUUCCUGGAGCAGCAGAACAAGAUCCUGCUGGCCGAGCUCGAGCAGCUCAAGGGCCAGGGCAAGUCGCGCCUGGGGGACCUCUACGAGGAGGAGAUGCGAGAGCUGCGCCGGCAGGUGGACCAGCUCACCAACGACAAGGCCCGCGUCGAGGUGGAGCGCGACAACCUGACCGAAGACAUCAUGAGGCUUCGGGAGAAGUUGCAGGAGGAGAUGCUUCAGAGGGAGGAAGCCGAGAGCACUCUGCAGUCUUUCAGACAGGAUGUUGACAAUGCCUCUUUGGCACGUCUUGACCUGGAGCGUAAAGUGGAAUCCUUGCAAGAAGAGAUUGCCUUUUUGAAGAAACUGCAUGAUGAGGAAAUCCAGGAGCUUCAGGCCCAGAUUCAAGAACAGCACGUGCAAAUCGAUAUGGAUGUUUCCAAGCCUGACCUCACGGCUGCCCUGCGUGAUGUCCGUCAGCAGUAUGAGAGCGUGGCCGCCAAGAACCUUCAGGAGGCUGAGGAAUGGUACAAGUCCAAGUUUGCCGACCUCUCUGAAGCUGCUAACCGCAACAAUGACGCCCUGCGCCAGGCCAAGCAGGAGUCGAAUGAGUACCGUCGGCAGGUGCAGUCUCUUACCUGCGAGGUGGAUGCGCUCAAAGGGACUAACGAGUCUCUGGAACGCCAGAUGCGUGAAAUGGAAGAGAACUUCUCUGUGGAAGCUGCUAACUACCAAGACACUAUUGGCCGCCUGCAGGAUGAGAUUCAGAACAUGAAGGAAGAGAUGGCCCGUCAUCUGCGUGAAUACCAAGACCUGCUGAAUGUCAAGAUGGCGCUCGACAUCGAGAUCGCCACCUACAGGAAGCUGCUGGAAGGAGAGGAGAGCAGGAUUUCUCUGCCUCUUCCAAACUUUUCUUCCCUGAACCUGAGGGAAACCAAUUUGGAUUCACUCCCUCUGGUUGACACCCAUUCAAAAAGGACACUUCUGAUUAAGACGGUGGAAACCAGAGAUGGACAGGUUAUCAACGAAACUUCCCAGCAUCACGAUGAUCUGGAAUAAAAACUGCACAUACUCCGUGCAGCAAAAUACUACCAGCAAGAAGGAAAAAAAAAAUUCAUAUCUUAAAGAAACAGCUUUCAAGUGCCUUUCUGCAGUUUUUUCAGGAGCGCAAGAUAGAUUUGGAAUAGGAAUAAGCCCUAGUUCUUGAACCAACACCCGUAAAAGAUUUAGAGAAAAGUUUACAACAUAAUCUAGUUUACCGAAGAAGCCUUGUGCUAGAAUACUUUUUAAAAAGUAUUUUUGAAUACCAUUAAAACUGCUUUUUUCCAUCAAGUAUCUGACCAACUUGUUUCUGCUUCAAUAAAUCUUUGGAAAACUC